CAAGAGGCUCACUCUGACGUGUCAGUGGAUACUAAAACUGAGCGCACCAUGAGAGUCCGAAAGCUGUUUAUUUUUUUUUGUGCAUGAGACGGUUCCGGUAGUAGAGGUGGGGUGAGUUAUCUGUCAGACAGAGAGGAUCUUUGCAGCAGGUUGAAGAAACAGAGGAAAUUUGGGGCUGCAGAGUGAAGUGAGAGCCGGAGACUUCAUCAGAGCUCUCAACACCCAAACGUUCUUCUUCUGCAGCUUCUGUGUCAGCUUCAGUAGAAACAUGAAGGAACAGAACGUCAACGAGGAAGUGUUGAAGAUUCUGAAAGAAGCUCCGGAUGCCAGAAAAGCUCUCCGGGAAAACUAUACCAACCUGCUGAAUGUGGCCGACUACUGCCACAACAACUACAUACAGAAUCAAGCAGGCGAUGGCAGCUUGAAAGCUUUGGAGGAAACUAAGAAGUUCACCACCCAGUCACUGGCCAGCGUCGCCUACCAGAUCAGCACCCUGGCCAACACCGUGUUGAGUCUGCUCGACGCUCAGACCACCCAGCUACGCCACAUGGAGUCCUCCAUCAACCUGAUUGGUCAGACAGUGGAGAUGCACAAGGAGAAGGUUUCUCGGAGGGAGAUCGGCAUCUUCACGGCAGUCAGGCGAGUCCCACGCAGCCACAAGAUCCUCCCUCCUACAAACGUACAGCCCCGCCCACCGUACAGCCGCCGACCAAUCAACUACCAGCAGCUGGACGAGGUCGGCCACGGCAUGAAGGUCUCUGGGACACAGUUGGACAGAACUGGAUCAAUCCGUAAACACGGAACCUCCUUCAGGUCCAACAAGCCUCCAGAGCCGGUCCAGUGCCCAGUGGCGCCCUCUGCUGGCGGCUCCAGUUUUGGGAGACCCGUAGCUCCACCCACUAUCCCCGCAACCUUGCAGUCUCCACCUGGGUGUGACGUCAUCACAGCACUCCUGGAUGACGCCCUGCCCCCUCCUCUGACUGAGAUGUUACCACAGGAUGAUGAGGUCAUGAGCUCCUCCGCCAUCCCCCCUCCACCUCCUCCUCCUGAUUUCUCAGCAGACAUGGGAGCCCUGGCUCCUCCUCCUCCACCGCCUCCUCCACCUUCAGCAGCUCUGGCCAAUCAGUGCGCUCCUCCUCCACCACCGCCCCUAGCCCCGCCCCUCAGCCUCGAGACAGUGGUGGAGGAGACUGUCUUCUCUCCUCCCACUCUUCCUCCUCCUCCCCCUCCUCUUUCUGAUGACGACGGUUUCCCGCCGUUGCCCGGUGAUGGCUCGGAGUUGCCAGCCCCGCCCCCUCCACCCAACCAUGAAGUAGACGUGACCCUCCCAUCCAGGAGGAGUCGCCACCGCCGCUCGCCCCCCGCUGCUCGCUCUGUUUCUCUGAGGGUCCGCUCAGGCCCCGCCUCUCGCUGCCGCUACACUCGCUCCCUCUUCCUGCCCGCUGUCCAAUCACUCAUGAUCCCCCCUCCUCCAUCCUACCCUCCCCCCAGUGCCCCUAACCCUUCUUCCUCUUCCUCCUUCACCCUGCGCCCCCACUCCUCCUCCUCCUCCUCUUCACCUCGGCUCUGCUUACCUGCUCGUCUGGAACACCUGGAUCUGGUGGUCCCAGCCCCGCCCCCUAUGCUCUUUGAUGACUUAGGAUUUGAUGACAUCAUGCCGCCCGUCCCUCCUCCAGUGGACUACGACCCCAAUGCACCCCCGGGCUACUUGGAGAGAGUCAUGGCGCUGUACAGCUACGAGGCCUCGAAGCCCGAUGACCUGUCCCUCGCGGAAGGUGACAUCAUCUACCUGACGCAUCGCCACGCCGACGGCUGGUGUGAGGGUGUCCUUAACGGCAACCACGGCUUCUUCCCUUCAAACUACGUCCAGCCGUGCGACUAGGCGGCGCCACGCCCUUGCCUACGUUGCCAUGGAGACAGUGUUGAAGAGCUGAACUGAUCAGACUGAUGCUUUGACCCUUCCAUUGACAGAUUGGUUAAGCCUCCUUUAAAUCACUGUAAAUUUGUUGAUUACAUGCACGUUAGUCGUAUGACUGAGGAUUUCCUGUUAAAACGAGCCAUGUGUUUUCUGUUUUGUGGCUCAGUGAAAUACUUUUUUUUUCCGAAGAACUCAAUUUUUAAUCAGUUUUGUGACUGAUGAUGCUAUGGGAAUGCUAUGAAGUCAUCCUGAGCUGUCAGUCAGAUUUCUCCUGAUGAUGAAGAAGAAGUCACCUAAGAUUGUUAUAAUAUAGUCAUAUUACACAUUACAGUUUCAUAAUGUCGUGUUAAUGUAUAGACUGCAUUCUGUUUGUGUUAGACACUUUUCUUAUCAUUCAAAUCCAAAAUGAUGCAAACUCACAGAUCAAAUAAAAGACCCUGCUUACCAUUCAUUUAUCACAAA